AUGAAACUACAGCUGACAGCAGUCGGUUGUGGUUACGAGGGGACUGCAGGGUCCGUCCCUCCGUCGAUACGGUCCCGUUGCCUGACGCCAGUCAUGUGUCGUGGUGAGGCCGGGGCUUUCUCCUUCCAGGGAGGUGGCUGGGGAGCAUCCCUUGCUGAGAGACUGGUCAGAAAAUGCGAUGUUGUGAACCGCGGGCUCUCGGGGUACAACACCAGAUGGGCUAAACUGAUCCUUCCGAGGCUGAUCAGUAAAAGUACUGGUGCUGAGAGCACUGUCGCUGUUACUAUUUUCUUUGGCGCUAAUGACAGUGCUUUGAAAGAUCUGAACCCUAGGCAGCAUGUUCCUUUGGAGGAAUAUGCUGCGAACUUAAAGAGCAUGAUACAGUAUCUGAAGUCUGUAGAUAUUACUGAAGACAGGAUUAUUCUGAUAACGCCACCGCCUCUUCAGGAAUCAGCUUGGGAAAAGGAGUGUCUUGCCAAAGGCGACAAACUAAAUCGCCGCAAUGCCACCACUGGGGAAUACGCCCAGGCCUGUGUUCAGGUAGCUAGGGACUGUGGAACGGAUGUGCUCGACCUCUGGACCCUGAUGCAGAAAGAUCAGGAUUUCUCUUCCUAUUUGUCCGAUGGGCUCCAUUUAUCAAUGAAAGGCAACAGCUUUCUGGCAGCUCAGCUUUGGUCACGCCUGGAAAAAACGCUGUCUGCUCUCCCUUGGCUGCUUCCCUAUUGGCGGGACGUGGACCCCGGGGACCCCGAGGCCAGUCUGCUGGGCGACCCCCCGCAGUGA